CAUUCCUUCAGCAACAGGAGAGUUCCAAGUUUACGAUCUCCACAAACAUGAGCAGCUCGGCUGUAACUCGCUGUGAUAAUGUCCAUGGAUGAAAUCUCUGCCUUGGGUACAUAAUUGGAUCAACAGAUACAGAAACUGCAAUACAGAUUUAAAGGCACUUAGUUACACACUGGGCCAAUAUGGCUGCUUCAGGAAUGUCAAAUUAUGCAAAAAGAAUGGCACGACUUGCAGCAAGAAUAUUUGCUGAGGUUCCAAGGCCUACAAACUCCAAAUCAUUGAAAGUUGUGAAACUAUUUGAAAAGGAACCCAUAAGCUCAAAUCAAGAAUUGAUGGACUACUACCCUAAGCAUCAUGAAACAGACUUGUUUAUGCGCCGUCUACGAUACCAUGGGCUGUUCAGAGAUGAACAUCUUGAUUUUAAAGAAGAAAUGGCUAGACUAAAGAAGCUUCGAGGAAAAGGAAAACCCAAGAAAGGAGAAGGAAAACGAGCAGUGUUAAAGCAGUCAUGACGAGGAUCAAAAUUUAAUGCUUUUUUUUCUUGAUGUGUAGGAAUGAGUGACAUAACCAAUGGUAUAUGUACCACUAAUGAGACAAUGUGGAUUGACUGAAGUGGUUUUCCCCCUUUUGUAGAUAAAACUAAUAAAAUAGUGCUU